GAGACACGCGACGUAGAAAGCGAGCGCGGAACAUUAACAAUCAGCAAGAGUCACCAACAGUAUACUCGACUGAAAAGAUGCCACACUUCAGAAGCGUAUGCCUCGUGUUGGUAGUUUUGAGCGCCCCUGCUGUGGAUGCCAACCACUUUGAUUGGCUUCACCGACAUAACACUAACCAAUGUAGCAUUGAUGGCCCAGAGCUGGGGGUAUACGAUCACACGUUUAUCUUCGUCAUGGAUGGGAUAUUUAAUGGCAUUUACCAGGAUUUUGAACAGUUUUCACACCACCAAAAAUGUGCUGGAAGAGUGGACAACCAGAGUAUCAUAGAAGAAGGCAAGAAAGCUCUCCAAUACUUUACAGAGUAUGGGUUUGAUAUGUCCACCAUUACUGACCUUGACCUUCUGGACGGGCGAGUGACCUUGGAGGGCAGCAACCUACUGUUCCACCCCUUUUGUCUGCACACGGAAACCAAGUUCAGGAUAAUGAUGGAAACUGACGGCCACAAAAGCCGGUUUUAUAAACGUGCGGCUCUCUACGAUUACGGCUGGGCUCUAGAGAUUAUGAAAGAAACCUCCAUCAACAGUUCUAGGUACACCGGCACUGUGGGAGCAGGAGGACACAUUUUGUAUGGAGAAUACCAGUCACUGACUGGACUGGAAUAUGGGACCAAGGACAUGGUUCUGAUUCACUACGAGACACAAGAUCCCAAUUCCUAUGCAGGCGGCCAUUUUUACGUGUCAGGCCUGCGAGUCUACAGCGACAUCUAUGGAGAAGGACAGAGUUACGGGCUGUACGACUUUGAUCAGGAAACCAGUAAGAUAAACGGGAGAGAGAUGCUUACUUUCCCCCGUCGUCGGUAAA